AUGACCACUAUCGCCGCCGUUUACGGCCGCAUUUCCACCCGUACCUACCAACUUCUAGCCGCUGCUUUAACUGUUCGCGAGGCACAAUUCUCUUCAAUUCAGGGGCUCGGGCGAGCUGACUAUCUAGAAGAACCAGAUUAUUACAAACCCGGAGGGUUUCAUCCUGUUUCCUUUGGUGAUAGUUUCAAAAAUGGCCAAUACGCUAUUCUAAGGAAACUGGGAUAUGGCCAAUAUUCGACAGUUUGGCUAGCUAGAGAUUCUAAGCAUCAGAAAUAUGUAGCACUCAAGGUGCUGAGAGCUGAUUGUUAUGGUGGCCACCAUGACAUCUUUGAAAGAGAAAUCCUCUCGAGAAUUUUGGAAGUUUCGAGGCGUAGUUCUCAUCAGGGCCGCGACUAUGUGUCCCAUCUUCUCGAGCAAUUUACGCAGACAGGACCCAAUGGAGAUCACGUUUGCUUAGCGUUCGACGUGCUAGGACAUCACCUAGACUUUCAAGCCGCCAAGUACGAAGAUGGAAAGCUACCUGUGAAGGCUGUGAAAGUGAUUACACGACAGCUUCUCCUAGCGCUUGAUUUCCUGCACGGAGAGUGUGGUAUUAUUCAUACUGAUUUGAAGCCAACAAAUAUACUACUAGAGCUGGAGAAUCCGAGUAGUACUAUUUCCCACUAUCUAUCGGAGGUUCCUGCGCGAACUGACUCUCAACGUGAUGUUACAACACCUCUUCGAGAGGUCAUCCCGACAUCGCUAGUAUCGGAAUCAAAAAGUCUCCACGUCAGGUUAAUCGAUUUCGGUGUUGCGUCUUGGAGGGAACGUCAUUUGUCGGACCUAAUCCAGUCGCAAGCUCUGAGGGCUCCUGAAGUGACGAUAGGCGCCCCUUGGGAUACUGGCGUUGAUAUAUGGAGUCUCGGGUGCAUCAUUAUGGAGCUUGUGCAAGGAAUAGUUCUUUUCUCUGGGGAAGCAUCAUCGAAUGGAACGUGGACGGUUGAAGAUGACCAUCUAGCAAGGAUCAUUGAAGUCCUUGGCCAGUUUCCGCUUCAUUUCAUAGAAAAAGGUAAUCGUGCAGCACACUUCUUUGACAAGCAAGGAAAUCUUCUCCGAAUUCCUAACCUAAAACCCACCUGCCUUGAACGCCUAGUUAAUGGCACGACAAAACCUUUCCUGAAACCUAUCGAUAUGCCCGAAGCUGAAGUCCCGAUCUUUGUUGACUUCAUUAAGGGUAUGCUCGAAAUCGACCCAGGGUCUCGGAAGUCUGCAGCUGAGCUGCUACAACACGAAUGGAUUCGUCCGUAG